ACCGCUUGCGCAUAUUGGGCGUGCAGAGACACGGUAAACGCCAAUCGUGUACAGUCCAUACAUAGGUUUAAAUCACCAUAAAGUUUGUACAUUUUUGGAUAUUAUUUGAUAGUUUUUACAUGAAUCAAUGAGGAAUUGAAUCCUCUUUCGAUACAUCUGGUGGUGUGGAAAUCUCAAACAAAUAGAGAAUGGAUGUAGUUGUAGAACAACCUUCACCUUCCAAAGGAGAUAAAACUCCUGUAACUUCAACUAUUCCAGCCAGUUUACAGCUUCUAGCAGCUGCAGCAGAAGUCACCAUCAAACAACAUAUUGAUUCUGCUGAAGUGGUGUUGUGUUGUUUUAACCGGCCAUGCCGGUACAGUGUUUAUGCUGAUGGCAGGGUAGAGCAGCUGCUGUAUGUACAGGAAGUAUCAGAAUGUUAUGCAAGACAAAUAAUGGGUGCAGCACGAGGUUUUUCCCUGAAAUUUAGUGAUGAUGAAAUGAUAGACAUUAUAAAAGUGGUGCGACCUCAGACAUGUUCAAGAGGUUCAUGUGGCAUCUGUUGCACACUUCCUACACUUGAUGUUCAAACCCCUCCAGGCAGCACAGUUGGAACAAUUAUAGAAAGGAGAACAUGUUGUUUGCCCACCUAUGAUAUUAUGAGUGCUGACAGUCAAGUGAUAUUUUCUCUUAGUUUAGUCUGUCAAACCUGUAAAUCUGUGCUUUGCUGUGAUAAUCAUAUUGAUAUUAGAGAUACAAAUGGACACAAAGUUGCUGAGUUAGUAAAACAGGCAAAUUGUGGAGAAUGUAUUGGCCUGAGAAAUAACUUUACCAUAAAAUAUAUAGAAGAUAUGAGAUUGAUGGAGAAAGUGAUAUUACUUGGAGCAAUGUUUCUGCUUGACUUUCACCACUUUGAGAGACAAAACAGAUGCUGUUGCUGAGUGCUACUGAAAUCCUUGUUUUUUGUGCCUUUUUUUGCUUUAUUCUUUUUAACUGUGACAUCUGUUUUAUUGUAACCAAAAUGGUGAAUGCCUGUGAUGAUAUUUUGUAAUUUUGUGCAAGUCAUGUUAAUGUGUUUCUUUUAGUUAUCAUACCCUUUUUGUGAAAGAGCCCCUUCAACAAGACAAAUUUACACUGUAAGAUCACUUAGAUAGCUGCACUAAAUUUGUUUCUAAAUGCAUUAUUAUGUUUCUUCUUUCAUGAUUAUUGAAUAGAUACACAAAGUUCUAAUGUUAAUUUGGUUAGAAUCACUUAGGUAACUGCACUAGAUAGAUACCUCAAUGCCUUCUAUUGUUUCCUUUUUAUCAUGCAACUACUAUGCAAAGUGCCUGAUAUCACUUGCCUGAUAUUUUAUUUUGAUAUCAAGUCAUUGACCUGAUAUCAAAAUUAAGCUCCUCCCGUAUUGACGGACUAGUUUUUACACCAGCUUCUUUCCAGAUUGAAUUUCAUUACAAAGUGCAGUUUUGAUGAUGCACAACUUUUUUCUAAAUAGAUUCUGUAAUCUCAACAAAUUUCCUUGAAUAAGGUUGUCUCUACAUUUAUCACACAGACAAUAGCACUGAAUAACGUCAUUGUGAAACGUUCAUCAUGACAUCAAAAUGUUAACAUGGAUCGAUUCUUGAAAAGGUUUACAAUACAUUUGACAAUGUAUAAUUUAUUCUUGAUUUAUGACUUAUUUAAGGCAUGCACAUUUUAUUAAUUAUUAGCAAAAGUAUUUGUGUUAAUUAUUACUCUUGGAUCAGUUAAUUAUAACUCUUGGAUUAGUGUAAAUUUAGUGAUUAAACUUUAAAGUAUAGAUCUGUGUCUGUGACUUCAGUCUGGAACUGGAAGUGAAAUUUUUACUGAGCGCUUUGGACAUGUAGUUGUCUGAGUCAAUAAAGCAUGUUCUGGUUAAUUCGAGAGAAUGGUUUUUGAUUUUUACGCAGGUAAGAGUUUAUUUCAUUGUUAUUUUUAGCCCACCAUCAUGAUGAUGGUGGGCUAUUAAAAUCACUCUGCGUCCGUGGUCCGUCCGUCCGUCAUUCCGUCUGUCCGUCCGUCCGUCCGUCCGUCCGUCCAUUAACAAUUUCUCGUUAUCGCAUCUCCUCAGAAACUACUGGGGGGAUUUUGACCAAACUUUGUCAGAAUGAUGUAUUGGUACCCUAGUUGUGUCCCCCUGAAAAUCAGACUGGUUCAACAAUUUAUGAGUGAGUUAUGGCCCUUUGUUUAUUUCUAUAAUUUAUAUAGGGAAAAACUUUGAAAACCUUCUUGUCCAAAACCACAGAGCCUAGGGCUUUGAUAUUUGGUAUGAAGCAUCAUCUAGUGGUCCUCUACCAAGAUGAUUCAAAUUAUUUCUCUGGGGUCAAAUAUGGCCCCGCCCUGGGGGUCACAUGGUUUAUAUAGACUUAUAUAGGGAAAAACUUUGAAUAACCUCUUGUCCAAAACCACAGCGCCUAGGGCUUUGAUAUUUUGUAUGUGACAUCAUCUAGUGGUCUUCAACUAAGAUUGUUCAAAUUAUACCCCUAGGGUCAAAUAUGGCCCCGCCCUGGGGGUCAUAUGGUUUACAUAGACUUAUAUAGGGAAAAACUUUGAAAAUCUUCUUGUCCGAACCACAAAGCCUAGGGCUUUGAUACUUGUAAUGUAGCAUCAUCUAGUGGUUCUCUACCAAGUUUGUUCAAAUUAUCCUCCUAGGGUUAAAUAUGGCCCCGCCCCGGGGGUCACAUGGUUCAUAUAGACUUAUAUAGGGAAAAGCUUUUAAAUGUUCUUGUCAGUAACUACAACAUUCAAACUUGGACCACAUGUAUAUUUUUGAGUGGCAAGAUGAACCUUGACAUGAGUUGACCUUGAUUUUGACCUAGUGACCUACUUUCACAUUUCUGUAGCUACAGCCUUCAAAUUUGGACCACAUGCAUAAUUUUGUGCACUGGAAAAAACUUUGACCUUUAUUUUGACCUAGUGACCUACUUUCACAUUUUUGAAGGUACAGGCAUCAAAUUUGGACCAUAUGCAUAGUUUCGUGUUUCAAAAUGAAAUUUGACAUUGAUUUUGACCUAGUGACCUACUUUCACAUUUCUCAAGCUACAGCCUUCAAAUUUGGACUACAUGCAUAGUUUUGUGUACCGAAAAAAACUUUGACCUUGACAUUGACCUAGUGACCUACUUUCACAUUUUUGAAGGUACAGGCUUCAAAUUUGGACCACAUGCAUAGUUCUGUAUUCUGAAAUAAAAUUUGACAUUGAUUUUGACCUAGUGACCUACUUUUACAUUUCUCAAGCUACAGCCUUCAAAUUUGGACCACUUGCAUAGUUUUGUGUACUGAAAUGACCUUUGACCUUUACAUUGACCUAGUGACCUACUUUCACAUUUUUAAGGUACAGGCUUCAAAUUUGGACCACAUGCAUAGUUUUGUAUUCCGAAAUAAAAUUUGACCUUGAUUUUGACCUAGUGACCUACUUUUACAUUUCUCAAGCUACAGCCUUCAGAUUUGGACCACAUGCAUAGUUUUGUGUACCGAAACAAACUUUGACCUUUACAUUGACCUAGUGAUCUACUUUCACAUUUUUGAAGGUACAGGCUUCAAAUUUGGACCACAUGCAUAGUUUUGUAUUUCGGAGUAAAAUUUGACCUGGAUUUUGACCUAGUGACCUACUUUUACAUUUCUCAAGCUACAGCCUUCAAAUUUGGACCACUUGCAUAGAUUUGUGUUGUGUACUGAAAUGAAAUUUGACCUUGAGCUAGUCAGUAAGUCUUGAAAUUUGGAACACUCAAAAAUGGCACAUUGGUGGGCGCCAAGAUCACUCUGUGAUCUCUUGUUAUAAGAAAGAAUAGCAGAAAGUCAAAAAAAAACAUUGUCGAAGUUGAAUUCAACAUGGCUGCCAUAUUGUUUCGUUCAGAUGUUUCAGGGGCGGAUGAAUUUUCAAAUCCGUAAAAUAUAAAUUUAGAUCUAAUAAUUUUUUGCUUUAGAAGUCAUCUUUUACGAAAUAAGAGUUGAGGACAUGUGUUGUUCUAUGCAGUUGUAUGAGUUUCAUGAUAAAUAGAAUAACAGGCUACUGUAUUUUGAUACCAAUGUUAUCAGGUCUCGGCUGAUAUGGGUGGAAGGGGUUCGGUUCCCUCACCCUUUCCAGCCUAUAUCAGCCUCGACCUGAUACAUAUUUCACAAGGUCUUCAUGAAAAUUGGUCAGAAUGUUCACCUUGAUGAUAUCUAGGUCAAGUUCGAAACUAGGUCACGUGCCAUCAAAAACUAGGUCAGUAGGUCAAAUAAUAGAAAAACCUUGUGACUUCUCUAAAGGCCAUAUUUUUCAUGGGAUCUGUAUGAAAGUUGGUCUGAAUGUUCAUCUUGAUGAUAUCUAGGUCAGAUUCGAAACUGGGUCACGUGCGGUCAAAAACUAGGUCAGUAGGUCUAAAAAUAGAAAAACCUUGUGACCUCUCUAGAGGCCAUACUUGUGAAUGGAUCUUCAUAAAAAUUGGUCAGAAUGUUCAUCUUGAUGAUAUCUAGGUCAAGUUCGAAACUGGGUCACGUGUCAUAAAAAAUAGGUCAGUAGGUCAAAUAAUGAAAAAACCUUGUGACCUCAUUAGAGGUCAUAUUUUUCAUGGGAUCUGUAUGAAAGUUGGUCUGAAUGUUUAUCUUGAUGAUAUAUAGGUCAAGUUUGAAACUGGGUCAACUGCGAUCAAAAACUAGGUCAGUAGGUCUUAAAAUAGAAAAACCUUGUGACCUCUCUAGAGGCCAUACCCUUGAAUGGAUCUUCAUGAAAAUUGGUCAGAAUGUUCACCUUGAUGAUAUCUAGGUCAAGUUUGAAACUGGAUCACAUGCCAUCAAAAACUAGGUCAGUAGGUCAAAUAAUAGAAAAAAACCUUGUGACCCUUGAAUGGAUCUUCAUGAAAAUUGGUCAGAAUGUUCACCUUGAUGAUAUCUAGGGUUUGAAACUGGGUCACAUGCCGUCAAAAACUAGGUCAGUAGGUCAAAUAAUAAAAAAAAAACUUGUGACCUCUCUAGAGGCCAUACUUUUCAUGGGAUCUGUAUGAAAGUUGGUCUGAAUGUUCAUCUUGAUGAUAUCUAGGUCAAGUUUGAAACUGGGUCAACUGUGAUCAAAAACUAGGUCAGUAGGUCUUAAAAUAGAAAAACCUUGUGACCUCUCUAGAGGCCAUAUUUUUCAACAUAUCUUCAUGAAAAUUGGUCAGAAUUUUUAUCUUGAUGAUAUCUAGGUCAAGUUCAAAACUGGGUCACAUGAGCUCAAAAACUAGGUCACUAUGUCAAAUAAUAGAAAAAACGACGUCAUACUCAAAACUGGGUCAUGUGGGAAGAGGUGAGCGAUUCAGGACCAUCAUGGUCCUUUGUUUAAAAAUACUUUUGCAUUAAGACGUUUCUAUGUUUAGAAUUUUCUCUUUUGUAUUCUUGAAGGAGUCAUGUGACUUUUUCUUCCUGCGUGCAGAGGGUGUCGUAUCUUUUUUCUUUUUUUACGAAAUUAAGUAAAAAAAAAUUUGUAUUCUUGAAGGAGUCGUGUGACUUUUUCUUCUGGCACACAAAAUGCACGCAAAUACUCUAUUAAAGACACUUUUGCAGUAAGAGUUUUCUAUGUGUCAGCAUUUUGUAUUCUUGAAGAGUCAUGUGACUUUUUCUUUCUGCGUGCAGAGGGUGUUUUGUUUCUUUUUUCCGUUAUUGUGAAAUUGGGAAGAGAGAAGAAAACAAAAAAAAAAAAAACAAAAACGUUAGAUUUUUGUCAUUCCUUUCUUUUACAAAGAAGAUAUUGUUGGAUUAAAAUAGAGAUAUAGCUGCACAUACCCAUUUUGCAGAGAAACCUAUAUGUAUCUCAGUUUCUAGGUAUUUUGUGAAUUGGUUUUCUUUGUUGGGGAAGAAAAAGAAAAAAAAUCAAAAAUGAUUAUAAUUGUGUCUAAACACUAGAAAGUAACAUCAGAAACCUACAGGUAUCUUAGUUUCAGGAUAUUUCGUGUUUUUUGUUUCCUUUGUUGAGGCAAAGAAAAAGAAAAUCCAAAAUUGACUACCAAUAGUUAUUUUUAUAUACAACUUUAUGAAAGGCUGUUCCUUUUCUUGUUCAAAAGAUAAUGUCUAAACAUUGGCGCAUAAAUUCUAGAAAAUAUCAUCAAACACCUACAUGUAUCUUAGUUUUUUAGGUAUUUUGUGAACUUUUUUGCUUUUAUUGGUUAAGGUAAAAAGUCAAAAUGAAUUAUUAUUAGCCGUCUUUAUACAGUAAAACACCGCCCGCUCGAGGUCGCAAGGGGAUGGGCAAAAUGCUCGAAUUAUCCAUGGUUUCGAGCGACCCGAACAUUGACCAACAUAAGAAGAAAAUUGAAGUUUGUUUUACCAAUACCAGUUGUCAUCGCGACCAUUGGCAGAGUAAACGGUGAUGCGUAAUAAUAACAUACUUGUGACAUUUUCAAAAAAAACGUAUUUAAAAUGUUAUCUAAGAUAGACAUUUCAAUACGUAAUUUGUAAAUGGGACUUGUGAAAAACAACAAGGACUAUUUAUUUUUAUUUAUCAACAAGUGCAUAUCAAAAUUAUCUUCUCAAUUUUUUGAAAAGGCUAUAUUCCAUCCAAAGCUAAGUCUUCAGAUAAGCUUGCUGUACAUAAAGUCUUGUGACAGUAAAUCCAAACUAAAAAAUUUCGACACCAUUGCUCGAGUUUGCCAGAAACAACAAAGAGUAAAUUAAUACACGGGGACCAGAUGUCAUGCUCGAGCGAUUGAGUUAUCGAUGCUCGACCCAGCCAUGGUAAUUUCACAUAGAAAAUGGAAGGAAAUCGGCCGGGACCACAUGAAUUGCUCGAGCGAGCCCGGGUACUCGAGUCUUCGAUGCUCGAGCGAGCGGUGUUUCACUGUAUAUACUAUUAUGAUAGACUGUCUUUUUAGCUCACCUGUCACAUAGUGACAAGGUGAGCUUUUGUGAUCACCCCUCAUCCGUCGUAAGUCUGUCCGUGCGUGCUUGCGUGCGUCAACAACUUCUUGUCUGCACAAUAGUGGUUUCAUUUAUGAUUUUAUUUUAACCAAACUUGCACACAACUUGUAUCACUAUAAGAUCACGGUUCCUUUCUUGAACUGGCCAGAUCCCAUUAUGGGUUCCAGAGUUAUGGCCCCUGAAAGGGCCAAAAUUAGUUAUUUUGACCUUGUCUGCACAAUAGCAGCUUCAUUUAUGAUUUUAUUUUAACCAAACUUGCACACAACUUGUAUCACCAUAAGAUCACGGUUCCUUUCUUGAACUGGCCAGAUUCCUUCAUGGGUUCCAGAGUUAUGGCCCCUGAAAGGGCCAGAAUUAGCUAUUUUGACCUUGUCUGCACAAUAGCAGCUUCAUUUAUGAUUUGAAUUUAAUCAAACUUGCACAAAACUUGUGUCACCAUAAGAUCUCGGUUCCUUUCUUGAACCGGCCAGAUCCCAUAAUGGGUUCCAGAGUUAUGGCCCCUGAAAGGGCCAAAAUUAGCUAUUUUGACCUUGUCUUCACAAUAGCAGUUUCAUUUAUUAUUUGAUUUUAACCAAACUUGCACACAACUUGUAUCACCACAAGAUCUUGGUUCCUAAUUUGAACUGGCCAGAUUCCAUCAUGGGUUCCAGAGUUAUGGCCCCUUAAAGGUCCAAAGCCCGCCCGCUUAGCUCAGUAGGGAGAGUGUUGGUCUACGGAUCGCGGGGUCAUGAGUUCGAUCCCCGGGCGGGGCGUAUGUUCUCCGUGACGAUUUGAUAAAAGACAUUGUGUCUGAAAUCAUUCGUCCUCCACCUCUGAUAAUUCAUGUGGGGAAAUUGGCAGUUACUUGCGGAGAACAGGUUUGUACUGGUCCAGAAUCCAGGAACACUGGUUAGGUUAACUGCCCGCCGUUGCAUGCCUGAAAUACUGUUGAAAAACGGCGUUAAACCCAAAACAAACAAACAAACUUAAAGGUCCAAAAUUGGCUGUUUUGGCUUUUGCAGCCAUAUAGAGACUUCAUUUAUGGUUUUAUUUGAUACAGACUUCCAAAAUGUCUUCAACAACAAUAAAUCUUGGAUUCCAUGACAAAUCAGAUCCAAUCGUAGGUUCCAGAGUUAUUUUAUAUCUGAUUACCUCCCCUGAUUGUAAUCAGAAUGGAUUUAUAUCAGUAAGUACUUAUAGGACGUAUUUGAAAUUUCAUUAUUGUUAUUAGUUGGAGUGAGACAAUCGGGGUAGAUAACUAUGGACUGAUUUUAUGUCAAAUUACCUCCCUUUAUUUCAAACUAAAAUGGGUAUAUCUCCGUAACUAAUGAAGAUACUGAUCUUAAAUUUCAUUUAUGUCAACAGAUUUAUUGGCAGAUCUUUCUUUUGUUCACUUACAAUAUAUAUAUAUUUUUUUAAUUACUUCCCUUUUUCGUUACUAUAAAUAGCUUAUUUUUAGUAACUUUUUAAUUAUUGGCCGUAGGGAAAAACCGAGACCACUUUUCUGUGGUACAACAUGAAUGGUACCUCCAAUUUUUAGGUGUAUUUUGACACAUCUAUACCUUGUAAGAAUUUUUUUUUCUUUUUGUUUAAAUUCUUCCCUUUGUUGUUCCUGUCCUUUGGUUUUAGAUAUUUUUUCUGAGGACCUUCUUGUCCUCAAGUGCAAUGAUAACAGGUGAGCGAUAUAGGGCCAUCAUGGCCCUCUUGUUUAAGGCUGAUGUCUAAAUAUUGUGUACAAAAAUAAAAAUUUAUGUUCUUUCCCUCAGUUUUUCACUUCAAAAACAGAACUACAUUUUCGUAUGUUCCUUAAUAAACUGAAUUUAUUAUUUUUUUUUUUACUAUUAUUCAGGUGCAGCACUGUGGUUUAUUUUUGUUUUGUUUUUUUGCUGUUACAUAAGAAGCAGAGUAUUUUUAUUAUUCUUUCUUUUCAUCCAUGAUUUGUUUAGUUUUUGUACCCCUCGAACAACAAAGUUGUAAGGGGGGGUAUACUGGUUUCAGGUUGUCUGUCUGUUUGUCCGUCCGUCCGUCUGUCUGUCCAUCUGUCUGUCUGUCCGUAGACACAAUCUUGUGUGCACCAUCUCUCCUCAUCCCCUUGACACAAUUUAUUGAAACUUCACACAAGUGAUCAGUAACAACAGUAGUUGUGCAUGGGGCAUGUUAGGUUCUUUCAGAAAAAAAAAAUGCAGAGUUACGGGACUUUGUUUUUUGUGACUAUACUAUAUACAUAGACACAAUCUUGUGCGCACCAUCUCUCCUCAUCCCCUUGACACAGUUUAAUGAAACUUCACAUAAGUGAUCAGUAACAACAGUAGUUGUGCAUGGGGCAUGUUAGGUUCUUUCAGAAAAAUAUUUUGCGGAGUUGCGGGACUUUGUUUUUUUGUUACUAUACUAUAUACAUAGACACAAUCUUGUGCGCACCAUCUCUCCUCAUCCCCUUGACACAAUUUAAUGAAACUUCACACAAGUGAUCAGUAACAACAGUAGUUGUGCAUGGGGCAUGUUAGGUUCUUUCAGAAAAUAAAAUUGCAGAGUUAUGGGACUUUGUUUUUUGUUACUAUACUAUAUACAUAGACACAAUCUUGUGCGCACCAUCUCUCCUCAUCCCCUUGACACAUUUUAAUGAAACUUCACACAAGUGAUCAGUAACAACAGUAGUUGUGCAUGGGGCAUGUUAGGUUCUUUCAAAAAAAUGUUUUGCGGAGUUACAGGACUUUGUUUUUCGUUACUAUACUAUAUACAUAGACACAAGUGAUCAGUAACAACAGUAGUUGUGCAUGGGGCAUGUUAGGUUCUUUCAAAAAAAGAAUUGCAAAGUUAUGGGACUUUGUUUUUCGUUAACAUACUAUGUACAUACAGUCUACAUAUGCAAUCUUGUGCGCGCCUAAUCUUCUGAACCCUUGCACACAAUUUAAUGAAACUUCACACAAGUGAUCAGUACCAACCCUAGUUGUGCAUGGUGCAUGUUACGUUCUUUUAGAUAAAUAUUCUGCAUAGUUAUGGGACUUUGUUUUUUGUUACUAUACUGUAUAUAUACAGUCUAUAUACAUACAGUCCACAAAAUUAUGCAAUCUUGUGUGCGUGCGUCAGAUUGCAAUGCGGGGGGUACAUUCAUCACCUUUAGUGAUAGCUCUAGUUUUCUAUGGUUGAGAAUAUAACUUUCGUCUCAGUGAAUGUACAUGGACUAGGUGACAGGGGAAAAAGAUGUUAUUAAUUACCUGAAAGAGAAAAAAUAUAAUAUUUAUUUUCUCCAAGAUACACAUUUUACAGAUAGAGAAAUUAAGUACAUUCGCGCACAAUGGGGCUAUGAAUGUUAUUUUAGUAACUUUAAUAGUCAGUCUAGUGGGGUAGCAAUAUUUAUAAAUAAUAACUUUAGCUAUAAAUUCUCUAGUAUGGAAACCAACCAGAAUGGCAACCUUCUUAUUGUACCCCCCGACAACAAAGUUGUAAGGGGGAGUAUACUGGUUUCAGGUUGUCUGUCUGUCUGUCUGUCUGUCCGUCUGUCCAUCUGUCCGUAGACGCAAUCUUGUGCGCACCAUCUCUCCUCAUCCCCUUGACACAAUUUAAUGAAACUUCACACAAGUGAUCAGUACCAACAGUAGUUGUGCAUGGGGCAUGUUAGGUUCUUUUAGAAAAAAAAAAUUGCAGAGUUAUGGGACUUUGUUUUUUUGUUACUAUACUAUAUACAUAGACACAAUCUUGUGCGCACCAUCUCUCCUCAUCCCCUUGACACAAUUUAAUGAAACUUCACACAAGUGAUCAGUACUAACAGUAGUUGUGCAUGGGGCAUGUUAGGUUCUUUUAGAAAAAAAAUUUGCAGAGUUAUGGGACUUUGUUUUUUUGUUACUAUACUAUAUACAUAGACACAAUCUUGUGCGCACCAUCUCUCCUCAUCCCCUUGACACAAUUUAAUGAAACUUCACACAAGUGAUCAGUAACAACAGUAGUUGUUCAUGGGGCAUGUUAGGUUCUUUCAGAAAAAUUUUUUGCAGAGUUAUGGGACUUUGUUUCUUGUUAACAUACUAUGUACAUACAGUCUGCAUAUGCAAUCUUGUGCAUGCCUAAUCUACCAAACCCUUGCACACAAUUUAAUGAAACUUCACACAAGUGAUCAGUACCAACCCUAGUUGUGCAUGGUGCAUGUUACAUUCUUUUAGAUAAAUAUUCUGCAUAGUUAUGGGACUUUGUUUUUUGUUACUAUACUGUAUACAUACAGUCUAUAUACAUACAGUCCACAUAAUUAUGCAAUCUUGUGUGCGUCAAAUUGCAAUGUACUGUGUCAAUGCAUGUGGGGGGUGCAUGGUGCAUGUUACAUUCUUUUAGAUAAAUAUUCUGCAUAGUUAUGGGACUUUGUUUUUUGUUACUAUACUGUAUACAUACAGUCUAUAUACAUACAGUCCACAUAAUUAUGCAAUCUUGUGUGCGUCAAAUUGCAAUGUACUGUGUCAAUGCAUGUGGGGGGUACAUUCAUCACCCUUAGUGAUAGCUCUAGUUCUUCAUGCUUGUAUUGCAGAUGUUAAUCUUUCGAUGUUUUGUAUAUAUGGCCCAAAUAAAGAUAACCCUGAUUUUUAUGCCCCCAAAAGGAGGCAUAUAGUUUUUGAACCGUCUGUCGGUCUGUCCGCAAUUUUUGUGUCCAGUCCAUAUCUUUGUCAUCCAUGGAUGGAUUUUCAAAUAACUUGGCAUGAAUGUGUACCACAGUAAGACGACGUGUCGCGCGCAAGACCCAGGUCUGUAGCUCAACGGUCAAGGUCACACUUAGACGUUAAAGGUCAUAUUUCAUGAUAGUGCAUUGAUGGGCGUGUCCGGUCCAUAUCUUUGUCAUUCAUGCAUGGAUUUUAAAAUAAUUGGGCAUGAAUGUGUACCACAGUAAGACGACAUGUCGCGCGCAAGACCCAGGUCCGUAGCUCAAAAGUCAAGGUCACAGACGUUAAAGGUCAUAUUUCAUGAAAGUGCAAUGAUGGGCAUGUCCGGUCCAUAUCUUUGUCAUUCAUUCAUGGAUUUUAAAAUAACUACGCAUGAAUUUGUGGCACAGUAAGACGACGUGUCGCGUGCAAGACCCAGGUCCGUAGGUCAAAGGUCCUAAACUCUAACAUCGGCCAUAACUAUUCAUUCAAAGUGCCAUCGGGGGCAUGUGUCAUCCUAUGGAGACAGCUGUUGUUAUAAAUAUAUUGAAAGAAAAGUGGUAGAAACUGAAAAUCAUUGUUUAAUUGUUGGAGAUUAUAAUAUAGUGUUAAACCCAGA